CAGCCCGCGCCCUGCCCGCCCGUAACGGGGAGCCCCGGGUCCUGCGCGGAGCCCUUGUCCUUGGGACAAAGAGCGGGCUCUCUCCCGGGAGAGAAGGGCGGCGGGGCCGGAGGAGGCCGAGAGGGUCUGCGGGGCGGUGGGGCGCGGCCCCAGCGCAGCGAUCCGGGAGCCCUGUGCGUGCCAGCGUUCUUCAGUCAGAUUUGAAUGAGAUACCCUAAAGGUCCUCUCCAGUGUUCCUGUCCAUACGGCUGGACAAGAUGCCAAAGCAGGAAAAUGGCCAAAAAGAAGAUUCUGUCAUCCAGAAUGACCUCAGUGAAUCAUUUGAAGAAGAAGUUAGAGCGUUCCUCAGUGAUGAAGAAAACCUGCAUCUUUAUGACGACCUCACAAAAGUUAAUCCGGUGACAACUACAACAGUUCUGAAAUGUCUUCAAGCAAGAUAUAGAGUGAACUUGUUUUAUACGAAUGCUGGCUGCAGCCUGGUGGCUUUAAAUCCAUUUCAGCCUUUCUCCUGCCUCUACUCACCUGAACUUAUGAGAGAGUACCAUGUUGCAUUUCGUCCUCAGGAUUUAAAACCUCACAUCUUCGCAGUGGCUGAACAAACCUACAGAAACGUCCAAAGCCAGAUAGACCCUGUAAACCAGUCUAUAAUUGUUAGUGGAGAAAGUGGUGCUGGGAAGACCUGGACAUCUCGCUGCCUUAUGAAAUUCUAUGCUUCUGUUGCUGCUUCAGUUAUCUCUCCAAAAGGCAAUGAAACUGUGGAAAGGAUAGAGAAGAGAGUGUUGGAUUCCAACCCUGUCAUGGAAGCAUUUGGAAAUGCAUGCACCCUGCGGAAUAACAACAGUAGCCGUUUUGGAAAAUAUAUCCAGCUUCAGUUAGACAGAUUCCACCACCUGAGUAGUGCUUCCAUUCAGACUUUCCUUUUGGAGAAGACCAGAGUCGCCUAUCAGGCUCCCAAUGAAAGAAACUUUCAUAUUUUUUAUCAGAUCACUAAAGGUGCCACUGCAGAGGAGAGGCUGGAAUGGAACCUUCCAGAAGGGGCUGACUACCGCUGGCUGCCAAAUUCUGAAAGAAACUUAGAUGAGGACUGCUUCGAGGUAACCAGAGAUGCAAUGUUUCACUUGGGCAUUGACCGCUCUACGCAGAACAAUAUUUUCAAGGUAUUGUCAGGCCUUCUCCAUCUUGGGAACAUUGAAUUCUCUAAUCCAGUGGAUGAGUCUCAGCCGUGUGAACUAGAGGACAAAGCCAAAGAUUUUGUGAAGACCACUGGAGAUUUGUUGAAAAUACCCAUUGAGGAACUACUGGAAUCAUUAAGAAUUCGAACAAUAACUGCUGGAAAACAACAGCAAGUCUUCAAAAAGCCAUGCUCCAGGGCUGAAUGUGAGACAAGGAGGGACUGCCUUGCCAAAGUUAUCUACGCUAAAUUGUUUGAAUGGCUCGUUUUGGUCAUAAAUGAAAGCAUCUAUGCAGAUCCAUCAGUGUGGACCAGCUUCAUAGGUUUGUUGGAUGUUUACGGUUUUGAAGCCUUCCCAGAAAACAAUUUAGAACAGCUUUGUAUUAACUAUGCCAACGAGAAACUGCAGCAGCACUUUGUAGCACACUACCUGAAGGCACAACAGGAGGAAUAUGCAGCUGAAGGCCUACAGUGGUCUUUCAUAAACUACCAGGACAACCAGAACUGCCUUGAUCUGAUAGAAGGCAAUCCUCUCAGCGUUUUUUCUUUGCUGAAUGAGGAGUGCCGUCUGAAUAGAUCCUCUAACCCUGACCUGUUUCAAACUCGGAUUGAGAAAGCCUUGUCUAGUAAUCAAUGUUUAAGUCGAAACAAGUUCAGUAAGAAGCCUAACUUUAUUAUUUCACAUUAUGCUGGCAAAGUCUGCUAUCAGCUGGCAACAAUGGUGGAGAAAAAUAAGGACCCCAUUCCACCAGAGCUGGUCAACGUUUUGCAGAACUCUAAGGACCCUUUGCUUCAAAAAUUAUUUCCUCGGACAGAAAGGAACCAAAAUAACGUCAAAAGCCAGAAUAGAGCAGCUGUUGUUACAGUGGUGUCAAAGUUCAAGGGUUCACUUGAACAUCUCAUGCAGAUUUUGAAUAGUACCACACCGCAUUACAUCCGAUGCAUCAAGCCUAACGCUGACUGCAAGGCAAUGACUUUUGAAAGAGAACAGGUUCUCAGCCAGCUUCAGGCAUGUGGAAUAGUCGAAGCCAUCAGCAUCAGUGCAGCGGGCUUUCCUAUUAGGAUCCCUUUCCAAAGUUUCACUGAGCGCUAUGCAAUACUGAGAAAAUCACGUGGGUCCAAUAAAAACAGAGCAUUUGAUAAAAGCAACUAUUGUACUGCCACGAAAAAAGCUUACCUGGAUUCUCCUGCUGCUUCUACCUUUUGCAAACUUCUGUAUGCGAUUCUUUUUUUCUAAGCAAGAGCGAGGAUGGACUUUACAAAACACAAUCCAAUCUACAAGGUAACACCUUUGGUACGAAACCCUGAGAGUAAGAGCUCAUCAGGUGGUUACAUUUAAUUUUGAAAGUUGCUGCAACCCCUUUCUCUCUCCCAGAUUAAUCCCCUCUUCACCCAGUGGGGCUGUUCAGUAACCAGUAGAUGUGGGAAGCAGGACCAGCCUAUUUGAGAUAAGUAAAAUGGCUGGAAAUCUCUGCACCUUGCGGAAAUGGAAUGAAGUAAUGACAUACAGUCUGGAAAAUUACUUACAUACCAUAUCUUUCUUCCUCAGUUAUAAACCCAUUAGCUAAAAUGCCUCAUUGUGAUAGGUCACUAGUCCUUUUUAUCUUUAGCAGGUAAUAAGCUGUAAACAAAGCAAAACAAUUUCCUAAACACAGGGAUAAGCUUUUGGUUCCCUUAUCAGCCCAGCCCUGUGAACACCAUCAUAGCCACCAGAUGUCUUCCUGUAAGCAAGAAUUGCUUAUAUUUGUUUUCAGUACCUUAAAAUGCUCUCAUCUUCUUAGAAAUAUUUAUAGCAGAAAAGCAAACAGUAUCCAGGAUGGAAAGAUUCAAAGACCAUCAAGUUCCAGCAUUGGGCAUGCAGAAACUCAUGCAGCAUUGCCUUGAACAACACAAUCUCUUUCAAGGACAGGUCUGAAUUAAUUCUACCUCUGUUUCCAGAUAGAUUAAUCUGGCCAACCUGUUUGUCUCAUAAUGUAAAAAAACUGUGUACUGUGUCCCAGAAAUGGUUUUAAUGGUUUUAAUAACCUCUUAUGGCUGCAAUAAACUCCCACUUAGUUACAUGUCCCUGUAGCUGUUUCUGACAUGCUGUGAAAGCUGUAGAAUUGUGUAGAAUUUGUUUUCUGCCUGCAUCUUUCAGUGCAUUAAGGCUAUGAGUCUUAAUUCCUUGCUUCUUGUUCUUUGUUCCCAACAGCUUUUUUUGGUAUUUAAUCAGAAUUUCUUAGGGCUGAGCUGCUCAAUUCUAUUCUGAAUUGCACUGCUGUUGCUUUCUAAUGUUACCUUGUAGGAUGCUCUGAACAAUGUGUGAACAGCUGAGCCCUCGUGAUGUCUGUUUCACUGUCCAGACUUGCCCGAAUGACACUUGUUACCUAUGGACAGGCUGUAAUAGAGGUGAUAAGACACCACUCAAACUGCAUCCUCAGUAAAACACACCAAGCUGGUUUUCUAGUUGCUUGUCCAUGGCAUGUCACAUUUUCCCCUUAAAUACAACUAGAUCUAGUAAUGUCUUAGACAUCACCUCCUCCCCUCUUGUAGGUAUUUACGCCCUAAAUGGCCAAGAAGUCUCAGUGUAAAGAUAAUUACUUGGUCCCAAUUUCCUAGUUUUCUGAUACCUUCUCUUCA